AUGUCUUCAGUCUUAGGCGUCGAUAAUCAGCCUCGCAUUUUUCUCGGUGUCUGGAUCAAUUGGUCCAAAGGCAACGUCCUCGGCUCCACACUCACCGUGACACAAACGAACGGUGCUCUCCUCGUAGCCUUCGUUGCGCUUUUCGUUACCUUUGCUGGAACACGCCUGUGGAGAAUCAGCUGUUUCUUUUUCCAUCGUGGAUAUUCCGCCUCAGGUCCCCAAGAUGGCAUCUACCACCAGCGCCAGGCUGUCCUCAAGAACUCCGACAAUGCUACUGCAGGCCUGAUCAGCUGGUACUUACUUCUCAGAGCCUGGCGGAAGAUCGGACAUCGACCGUAUCGAAGAAUGGCACCCAUCGCAUUGUUUACAAUUAUGCUGGCUGUGUCAGUAGCUGCAGCCAGUCUUCUCUCGUCCAGAAUUUCCUCGGCGAUGGGACAAGAAGUGCUCAUACGAGGGGAAUGCGGAGUAAAUCUCCUGGGUCACUAUAUUGCUGGGCAGGACAAAAACCCCGAAGUUGAGACGAGCCCGGAGUUCUUUACCGUGCUUCUUCCAUUCUUGAGUCGCCGCUUAAUCUCUUUUUCAAAUUACGCACUCAGUUGUUAUGCAAACAACAGCGACUCACGCGGCUGCAACACCUUCGUCAAAAGUCGACUACCCUUUACAUCCAACCGCACUGCCAAUUGUCCUUUCCAACAGGACAUAUGUCGCCUUUCCAAUGGUAACAUUCUCUUAGAUACCGGUUACUUGAAUAGCCAUGUCGACAUGGGAUUUAAUGCCCCCGUGCAAAAUCGAUUCUUCUACCGACGCACGACUCAUUGCGCGCCGUUAGUCACUGAAGGCUAUAAAAGCAUCAAGAACUCAUCAGAAUCUGGCGCGAAGAGUUCUUACGCUCAGUACUCAUACGGCCAACCAUUGUCUUCAUCCGAUACCCAAGAGAAUGUCACUUACAUCUAUCCGCAAUUGUCAGUCACAGACAUGUUCGGCGAGAAUAAGUCAAGGACAAAUAUUCCAGAAUAUACGUUAGGCUAUGUGUAUGCUAACGUUAUCAAUGGCUCGCUCGCACACAACCGCGCAUUCACUCCCAUCGACGAAUUGUACAGAAGCGAUGCCGAUGUCUCAGUCUUCUUUCUAUCUAGCAAUCAAGUCAUCAGCCCCGUAGAGAUCCAUGACCCUUGGUAUUCUGCUCAUCAGGCAAUCCCGGGCUUCCACCUCAACUUCACCGGAUGGAACAACUUGACACUCGGGGGCUAUUUUGGAGACGAACCCGCCGCUGUCCUUGGCUGUGCAAAACAAUACCAAAUUUGCUAUCCUGAUAAAGCCGGCAAGCCAUCGCAGUGUUCUCGGCUGGGUGGCAAGCAAGAGCUCUAUUGGCUCCUUACUAGUCUGACCCAAAAUGAGGAGCAGCUCAACCGGACUCGGUGGUCCAUCAUGUCAGCGUUGACGGGGAAUGAGCUGGACGCAUUCGUGCAAACACUAGGAGCGGCAUCUUUGACUUCUAGGUACAGUCUCGUCAGCGGUAUCCAGGGACCGCUUCCGGAUAACCAGUGGCAAGUGGACGUGGAGCAUUGGCAUGCUGCGACAAUGGUAGCUAUACAAGGCAGCGCCGUCGAUGCCGCUUCUGGGCCCAGCAAUCCGGACAUGAGGAAGUUUUGGGCCGCCCCUUCGAACGACCAGGAGAGGUCUGUUUGCAACAGUCAGGUCAGUAUCUCUUUCAAGAUUUUAGGACACAAAGCUGAACCUCACCAGAAAGUUCUCUCGGACGCACACUCGAAUUUCAGUGUCUUCGGUUUGGCUUUGACAUUCGCACUCGGCGGUCUCGUAAUCACGAUCUCUUUCAUCCCGGACCGACUCGCCGGCCUUCUACGAAAGAAGCACGACCGGGACACGUAUUCGCGGCUAGAGUGGUGUGUCAAUGACACUUUGCAACUGCAGCGUCUCGCUCAUGAAGGGCAAGGGUGUGGCACGUGGAGUGCAUGUACACGGAGCGUACCCACUACGUAUGGAAACGAAACUCUUGCUCUUUUGGACGUCACGGAUGUCGGUCAUCCUGUCCUGAAAGGUAGCUCGCCAGGACUAGUUGUAGAGGCGGUUAAAACGAACGGUAGUGAAGACCAGAUGGAAACAAGUGAAAUUGAACACACAGAGGAGGUUGGCUUAGGAGCGAAUGAAGAGCGCGAUGGCACUGGGGUAGAGAGUGAAGUGGUUCAGAGAAGUACUAGAGAUGAGGAAGGCAAUGGUGCAGAAGAAGUGCCAGAGGGGACUGGAUCACUACCUAUAGAGAGGGCUGACGCUAGAAAUGAGUGA